AUGGCAUCGCUGCGAAGAAAGUCUUGCCAGGCGGUACAAUCAUGUACGCGCUUCCUGAGUUCAACUUCGACCUGUGCUUCGUCGUCCAAACGGUCCAUCUCCACGACGUCGCCGUCCUCUCGGGAGCGUCGAUCCGACUCAACCUUGAAGACAUCCCCCUCGACGACGACCGCAUCAAGCCAACGCCCCGAUCUCCGAGCCCGAUCGUCCCGAGAACCGCGCUACAACUACGUCUCGAAUCCCUUCGACGACACCCCGGACCCGGACGCAAGUCAAUACCGUCUCGUCACGGCCAAAGAGUUGGCUUCGCGCCGGACCCCACCGAGGAGGGUGCGCAUGCUCGCGAGGCAUUUCAUCGAUGAUUGCCUUUAUAACCCUCAUUAUGGGUAUUUCUCGACUCAGGCGGUCAUCUUUGAUCCGGAUCGGAUUGGGGCGGAAGGAGGAGGAGGGGGAGGAGUCGGUUCUGAGGCAGCGUCGCCGAAUGGAAAAGGGAAACAGGCCGUCAAUGAGGCUAGUGCCAGAGCAGAGGGAUUCGACUUUGGUUCGUUGAAGACGACGGCUCAGUUCGAGGAUGAGAUCGCGAGACGGUAUGGCGAGUUCGAAGGGCUCAACACGGGUGUCACGGGUGUGGUCGGGAGAGGGCCCGGUAGACAGGUGUGGCAUACCCCGACCGAGCUGUUCAAGGUGAGCUCUUGAUCUCGCGCAGUGUGAGAGAUUUGAUCAAGACGCUGACUGUUGUCAUCCUCUUUGUAGCCAUGGUACGGAAGAGCAAUCGCACGCUUCAUCGUCGCCGAGUACAAGCUCAACCUGUACCCGUACGAGGAUCUGAUCAUUUACGAGAUUGGUGCUGGCAACGGAACCCUGAUGGGCGACAUCCUCGACUACAUCGCCAUGGAGGAACCCGAAGUCUAUGAGCGCACACGAUACCGUAUCGUCGAAAUCAGCGAGAGGUUACAGGGUCUACAAAAGGGGAGGGCAUCGGGAGGUGAUGCCAAAGCCGCUCAAGGGGGGCCGGCGAGGCGCAAGGGGCACGAGGACAAGGUCGAGGUUUUGGGUGGGAGCAUCUUUGAUUUUGAGCGUGUCGUCCCCGAACCUUGCUUCUUCCUGGCGAUGGAAGUGCUGGUAAGUCUGCGCAUUCGGAAUUUGCAAGCAGGAGAACGAUCAGGCCUGACCGUUUUCCUCCGGUCUCGCGCGUAGGACAAUUUCGCCCACGACGUUGUGCGAUACUCGACAAAGGAUCACGAGCCGUACCAAUGCAUCGUCUCGAUCGACUCGGCAGGCGACUACACCGAACUGUACGAGCCCGCCACGGACCCGCUCAUCCGACGAUACCUCACUCUACGAUCUCGGCUCCCUUCGCACCAGCGUGCCUCACCCUCCCUCAAUCGCCUCAUGUCCGCGUCGCCAGUGUUGCGCAAGCUCUAUUCGAUCCUUCCUUUUGUGCCCAACUUGACAAAGCCCGAGUUUUUGCCGACCAAGCAGCUCAUGUUGCUCGACGUGCUGAGGAACAUGUUCCCGGCGCACCGGCUGCUCAUGUCGGACUUUUCGAGCUUGCCCGAUGCGAUUCCGGGCCACAACGCACCCGUCGUGCAGACGCGGUACGAGGGGGAGGUGCGUUCAUUCUUUGCCAGUAUUGGGAGACAUUUCGAUCCAAAUCUUACUGAUCCUUUCACUCCCGCAUGACAGACGGUGGCCUGUACAACCUACCUCGUCCAACCGGGCUUCUUCGACAUCUUCUUCCCGACCGAUUUUCAUCUCUUGCGCGACCUAUACUCACUCGUCAUGUCACCCGCGCACUUCUCCUCCCCCUCACGGAACUCUGAUUCAACCUUGGCCUCUGGAUCCUAUUUCUCCCCUCGACGACCCUUGACGUUGAACGCGAGUGGAGGACCGGGGACUGUGAGAGGGUUGAGCGUCGUUGAUCACGGCGAGUUCUUGGAACGGUGGGGGGAGACGGAGAUGACGACCGUUGGAGAUGGGUCCAACCCUAUGAUUGAUAGUUAUGAGAACGCAAAGUUCAUCUGCUGA